AUGUGCUACGGCCCGAGACUACGGAUAGAGGUCCGAAAAUUGGGAAAAUCGUACUCGUUGACCCUCAUCGUCCUUUCCAUUCUGAGAAACCCAUUCCGCGUUGUCCUAGCCAUAGCUUCAGCACUCUGGGCCGCCCUCCGCUCACUCGUAGCCGGCGGCAAUCAAGUGCCGCCUCCUCGGACAUGGACAUUUACCACCGGAAAGGGACAAGAGGCAUCGUCCAAGUGGGAUGCCAUCGGUGAUGAGAACUACUCUGUUGUUCACAUUACCCACGAAACGUAG